UGGGCGUGAAUUCGUCAUUGCACUUGUCACGUCGGUCCCUGGAUCAGAAUUGUAUAUCCUGGUUUACCUGCGCCUUCUUGACACCUUGCAGGUCUCUACUUUUGUCAACAAAAUCUCUUCUCGGACUUAUUAACCAGGUGCCUUUGGAAGAGACAGGGGGAAAGCAAACUGACGGUUAUUCCUCAUGUCGAAUACGAGUCAUUUCAGAAAGUCAUGGCUGGUGUUUCUACUCCUCUCUGGCGUGGUGUCCCUCUGCCUUGUGCUGUUUGCACCCACCCUUCAUAAACGCCUCGUUGGGAUUAAGGACUGUCGGACUCUUCCUUCUGCGCUGUCUAGUGCCACAAAAAUCUCCAGACAUCCACCCACACACUGCUCGUGCAAUGGGGGCUUACUGAAGGAUUUCUUCAAGAACGACAACGGUACCGUCAGGAGACGACAGGAAGAGUACAGAAAGCAUAAGACCAGAACAUCAUCCAGUCUCGACCUGCUUCUUGUGGCUCCUGCCAAUUCGCCACUUCAAUACCCCAUACAGGGAUUCACUGUUGUGCCUCUCCAGAGGACUCUGAUACCUGGUCUAGGUGUCUAUGCCCCAGACAGGGACAAAUAUAAGGUGUCACUAGAGGCCUCCCGGGGCCUGCUGUCUGUGGAGGAGCCGGGCACGGAUGGGCUGGUGGAGGGAGACGGAGGCAACCAGCUCAACAUCACCGCCCUCAGCGCCUCUGGGCUCAAUGCCCUUCUGGGUAGAGUGCACUACACCAGCAUGGUGUACCGCCUCAGAAUGGGCGACCUGGUGCAUUUCCUGUUUGAGAAACACAAUGUCACCUUUCCCGUUGUCACCCAGCAACCCUCCGUGCCCAUCAUAUUUGACCUAGGGGAAGAUAUAAACUCGCAGGUGACCAUCACCACCAAGACCUUCCUUAGGUACUUCGAGCUGAACACCUUGAUCAACAGCAUCCGCCAGUACUAUAAGACCAUGAAGAUAAUCAUCGCUGAUGACAGCUUUGACCCCAUCAAAGUGAACGGCUCUGACGUUGAACAGUACUUCAUGCCUCCCGGACAGGGAUGGUUUGCAGGAAGGACACUGGCUGUGUCUCAGGUCACCACUAAGUACUUCCUCUGGGUGGACGAUGACUUCUACUUCACAAAGCAAACCCAGAUAGAGAAGCUGGUGGAGGUCAUGGAGAGCAUGCCUGAGCUGGACAUGGUGGGUGCUGUAGUAGGCCGAAACAGUUUCAGUUUCCGGAUGAAAUACGAGGAAGGGCAUGAAGAUGAGGGGGGCUGCCUUCUCAAGUUCCGAGGACCCUACAAGGAGACGGUGCCUGGUUUCCCUCAGUGUUCCCUCAGCAACGUGGUGGUCAACUUCUUCCUUGCACGGACGGACUCGGUGCAGAAGGUGCUAUUUGAUCCCCGACUCAAGAGGCAAGGCCACACACAGUUCUUUGUGGAUGCUGUUGGGAAACUACUGAUAGCGUCAUGCAACCACAUCACCAUUGACCAUCAGCGCCAGAGGCCAGGGAGCGGAAAAUACCGCUCCUUCAGGAAUCACAAGGAAGACGAUAUGCACCGUUUCCUGUACUUCUUUAAAAGCCACUUCGGCUGCACUAACCUUUUUUAACCUGAAUUUGAAACAAGACUACUCGAUAGCCACGAUGGCUGUGGAAUCUGAAGUGGAUCUGUGCCAGGGAUGUGUAGACUGACAUUAUUAUGGGGUUAUGGGAAUUCAAUCAUGUUUAAUUGUGGAGUGUACAUAAUUGUGUUUGUUUUGUUCAUAACAGCAUACUGAGAUUUUGUGUUCAGACGGUUCAUCUGUAGUGUUCAAUUUCUUCACAAUUCUCAACCAGUCCAACCAUACUAGCCUUGCCCUUACUAGUAAAUGUUAAGGUCGCCAGGACCCAGACAGGGCAAAAUAGAGAGCUUAACAAAUGUAUUUUCAUUUUAUUUAUAUUUAACUUCAUUGAAUACUGUUUUAAUCCCCCCCCCCAUUUUAAAGGAUGAUGACAAAAAUUAACCAUUUUCAAAAGAAAACACUUUGUGUUUAAGCAUGUGAGUCCAAACAUCAGAAGAACAAUGGCCGUGUCAAGCUCAGGAAGCUGGUUGGUUUUGAAAUAAAUCAGUAGAUCUUCUGAGA